AUGAAUGAUUUUUUUAUUUUUUCAACGCAUCACGUUUUUAACAUUUUUAUUAAUUAAACACAGCACAGACGUACUUAAUUUUAAAACAAAACAAUUAAUUAAAAAAAUUAGUUUAAAUAAACGGAAUUCACGUACUUAUUUAUACAUUUUCUAACAACGAUUGUAAAAUAUAAUUGAAAUAGUCAAUUAUAAAUUAAAUUGAAAAAAAUAUUGCAAAAAUGUGUGCUUCAGCUUCACUAGAAAAUAAUGGUACAUCUUCGCAUUCAAAUUCGGAAAGUAUUGAAUUAAAUGAAGACAAUGCUGAUGAAAACAUACCAAUACCAGCCAUCACAUCUCCCGAAGAAAUUCUCGAGCAUUAUGGUCCCAAUUUCAAAUUAUUGCAAUGUAAUGCACAAGUUGGAGAACUAUUGACCAUAAUAAGGGAUAAAAACACUUCACGUAGCGAUUUCAAGUUUUAUGCAGAUCGCUUAAUACGUCUAGUCAUUGAAGAGUCAUUAAAUCAAUUGCCCUAUUCGGAUUGCAGCGUAGAAACUCCCACCGGAGCCAUUUAUGAUGGUUUAAAAUAUCAGUCGGGUAAUUGUGGUGUCUCAAUUAUACGUUCGGGCGAGGCAAUGGAACAAGGUUUGCGCGAUUGUUGUCGUUCGAUAAGAAUUGGUAAAAUAUUAGUAGAAUCUGAUUCGGAAACGCAUGUAGCUCGUGUAGUCUAUGCUCGUUUUCCCGAUGACAUAGCUCGACGACAAAUAUUACUUAUGUAUCCUAUAAUGUCCACCGGUAAUACGGUUUUACAGGCUGUUAAUGUUCUUAAAGAGCAUGGUGUUCCCGAGAGUAGUAUAAUCUUAUCAAAUCUUUUUUGUACACCUAUGGCGGCUAAAUGCGUUGUUAGCGCUUUUCCUCGCUUAAAAAUUUUAACCUCAGAGCUGCAUCCUGUGGCUCCUAAUCAUUUUGGACAGAAGUAUUUUGGCACUGAUUAAAAACUCUUACAUACAUAUAUUAUUAUAAAUGAUAAACGCACGACAUACACUUAUACUAACUACUACUUACUUUAUAAGAUAAACAACAAAAACAAGAAUACAUACCUAUAUUAAAGGAACUUUAUAGCUUAAGCUGCAAUUCAAAUAGAAUUUAUUUUUCUUCAUAUUGUAAUGUUCAUUUCAGUUCACCUCUUUUUAGCCAAACUUUUUUGUAUAUACAACCUAAUUUAUUUACUAUUGGAUAAUUAUUUUGCAAAUUUUAUAAACAAAACCAAAUAAAGUUUUAGUUGCAAAAUA